GAUUUGGGACUUUUAAUUAUUUUCAUAGGACAGCAGAGGAUGGCCUUUAUUUCUGCUUUUUUACAUGUACUGUUUGUGGUACUUCUAAUUUUAGGAUUCACACAGGGGCAGGAAAUGUGACUCAUACUGCAUGUCUUUGAAAAGAAUUUGUAUUAACUUAGAUAGUUUUGUGCAGAAGCAAACACUUCACACUUCCAGAGAGAGGCAGUUUGGAUCAGUGCAACUGAAUCUUCUGUGUGUAUAUUCGGUUGGAAAGUUGACACUGGAAACCAUGUUGGUGUGUGUCUGGCUGGUCAGCAGUCUGAUUCACAUGAUCUCAGGGUGUGUUCUGUCUGAUUCUGAACCCACAGACAUCACUGGGUUCACAGGAGACUCAGUCGUCCUGCCCUGUGUCUGUACUGAUGUGCAGAGGAAACCUGAACGGUUCGAAUGGACUACAUAUCCAGGAGGCCAGAGAACUGUUAUAUUUUCACAGAGUUCACCCAGUGUCAACAAUCGCUACCAACGCAGAGUGCAGGUGUUGAACUCCAAUUCCCCUGGAAUCCUGUCUCUCCGUCUCUCAGAUCUCACUCUGUCAGAUGGGGGACCAUACAGGUGUGAAGCAGAUGGGAACUACAGAGACAUCAGUCUCACAGUGAAAGGGUGUGUUCUGUCUGAUUCUGAACCCACAGACAUCUCUGGGUUCACAGGAGAGUCAGUCGUCCUGCCCUGUGCCUGUACUGAUGUGCAGAGGAAACCUGAACAGUUCAAAUGGACUGCAGUCAAAGAACUCCAAAGCACUGUUAUAUUUCCACAACUUCCUGCCAAUGGCGGUCGCUACAAAGACAGAGUGCAGGUGUUGGACUCCAUUUCCCCUGGAAACCUGUCUCUCCGUCUCUCAGAUCUCACUCUGUCAGAUGGGGGUACAUACUGGUGUGAAGCAAAUGGACACAACAGAGGCAUCUUUCUCACAGUGAAAGGGUGUGUUCUGUCUGAUUCUGAACCCACAGACAUCACUGGGUUCACAGGAGACUCAGUCGUCCUGCCCUGUGUCUGUACUGAUGUGCAGAGGAAACCUGAACGGUUCGAAUGGACUACAUAUCCAGGAGGCCAGAGAACUGUUAUAUUUUCACAGAGUUCACCCAGUGUCAACAAUCGCUACAAACGCAGAGUGCAGGUGUUGGACUCCAUUUCCCCUGGAAACCUGUCUGUCCGUCUCUCAGAUCUCACUCUGUCAGAUGGGGGUACAUACAGGUGUGAAGCAGAUGGGAAAUACAGAGACAUCAGACUCACAGUGAAAGGCUGUGUUCUGUCUGAUUCUAAACCCAUAGACAUCACUGGGUUCACAGGAGACUCAGUCGUCCUGCCCUGUGCCUGUACUGAUGUGCAGAGGAAACCUGGGCUGAUCAAAUGGACUGUAGACAAAGGAGGCCAACGCCCUGGUAUAUUGUCACAAGGUCCUGGCAGGGUCAAUGAUCACUACAAACACAGAGUGCAGGUUUUGGACUCCGGAUCCCCUGGAAACCUGUCUCUCCGUCUCUCAGAUCUCACUCUGUCAGAUGAGGAUACAUACAGGUGUGAAGCAGAUGGACAACACAGAAACAUCAGACUCACAGUGGAAGGCUGUGUUCUGUCUGAUUCUAAACCCAUAAACAUCACUGGGCUCACAGGAGACUCAGUCGUCCUGCCCUGUGCCUGUACUGAUGUGCAGAGGAAACCUGGGCUGAUCAAAUGGACUGUACACACAGGAGGCCAAAGCACUGUUAUAUUGUCACAAAGUCCUGGCAGGGUCAAUGAUCACUACAAACACAGAGUGCAGGUGUUGGACUCCAUUUCCCCCGGAAACCUGUCUCUCCGUCUCUCAGAUCUUACUCAGUCAGAUGAGGGUUCAUACAGGUGUGAUGCAGAUGGGAACUACAGAGACAUCAGUCUCACUGUGAAAGGUGAACUGGAUGGGUGGAUCUCUGAAGACCUGAAAAACUCCAUCUUGUACGCGACCAUUGCUGCUGUGGUUGCCGCGGUCGCAGUGUGUGGGGCUGUGUUAUUUUACCGCAGAGUUAGAUCCAGGAGAAAUGCACAUGUGGAAUCCAGAGAAGAACAAGAGAUGGGGACCGGGGAGCAGGUGGAGGAGGAGAAUGCUGAUUCAGUGACAUAUUCUACUGUUGUUCACAGUAAAACUGUGAAAAAUACGAACAUCCAAAAUCAAAGUGAAGACUUCACAGAAUAUGCUGCCAUUAAACUUGGAAUGUCAUCAAAUUUAUAGAAAUACACCUCGUACACACAAACGCAUUCACAUAUGCACAUACACACACACCAUCUGUAGCAAAGAGAGCAGUUUGUAGCAAAGAGAUUAUUUAUAUUAAUGCAAACAUUGUGUUUGUGAAUUUAUUUUGUGAAUCAUGUAAAGUAUAUAGGAUCUCAUAAAAAAACACGUUUUCAACGUACAAAAAUGCCAAGUUACUCAAAAGUAUUGAUAUCAAA